AUGACCACGAACCUCUGGUUCUCCGCCCGGUUUAUUCGCCCCUGGGCCAUCCGCCCACUUACCUGGCAUAGCGUCCGACUCUCCAGCACCGCCCAAACCAGCAUCAAACACCCGCUGCCGGACGGACCGGCGCAGCAACAGCGUUUCCGCGAAUUCAACCUCGAUGGCAAAGUUUUUGUCGUCACCGGGGGCGGUCGAGGGCUAGGGCUGAGCAUGGCAGAGGCACUCGUGGAGGCCGGGGGGGAAGUUCACUGCCUGGACCUCCUCCCGACCCCGCACGCGGACUUCCACGCCACACAAGCGCGGGCAAGCCCGGACUUCGGCGGCGGACUGCACUACACGUCGCUGGACGUGCGGGACCGACCUGCCACGGAGACGGCGCUGGCGAGCAUCGCGGCGCGGCGCAACCGGCUGGACGGGGUGAUUGUGGCGGCGGGGAUCAACCACAUCGCGGACGCGCUCGAUUACACCGACCACGACAUCGCCCGCAUCAUCGACACGAACUACACCGGGGUGUUCUAUACGGCCACGGCGGCGGGACGGCAGAUGCUGGCCCAUCGCACCCGCGGCUCCAUCCUGCUGGUGGCCAGUAUGAGCGGGCUGAUCGCCAACAAAGGGAUGUACUCGUCCAUCUAUAACUCCUCCAAGGCGGCGGUCGUCCAGCUCGGAUGUAGUCUGGCCAUGGAGUGGGCGAAGGUGGAUGGUGAUGGCAGUGGUGGGGUCCGGGUCAAUGCCCUCUGUCCCGGCCAUGUGGUCACCCCCAUGGCGCACAUGGUCAUUGAUCGGGAUCCUGCUACGAAGAGACUUUGGGAGACGGAGAAUAUGAUGGGGAGGUUGGGGCGACCGGAGGAGUUUCGUGGGCUGGCGCUGUUGAUGAUGAGUGAGGCGUCUAGUUUCAUGACCGGCGCGACUUUGGUUUGUGAUGGGGGGCAUACCGCGUGGUAG